AUGAAAGAUCAGAGAGUACUACGGAAAGCACAGGAAGAAGUUAGGCAAGUGUACAAUGGAAAAUCUAAUGUGAAUAAAUCUGGCCUCCACGAACUCAAAUACUUGGACUCGGUGGUUAAAGAAAGUCUAAGGUUACACCCUCCGGUCCCUUUGUUGGUUCCUAGAGAGAGUCGGGAGAAGGUUGAGAUUUGUGGGUACGAAGUUCCGGCUAAGACCAAAGUCAUAGUCAAUGCUUGGGCGAUUGGGAGGGAUCCCCAAUAUUGGAAAGAGCCAGAGAGGUUUUAUCCUGAGAGGUUCCUCGACAAUUUGAUUGAUUACAAGGGAAACGAUUUUGAGUUCAUCCCGUUUGGAGCAGGAAGAAGGAUGUGUCCUGGAAUGCAUUACGCGUCAACUUUUACUAAGUUUGCCUUGGCUAAUCUGCUCUAUCAUUUUGACUAG